AUGUCAGACGCAGAGCAAUACAUGAAACCCGCAACGCGGCUCCGCAAACUCCUCUCCCAACCAGGCGUCUGCAUCCAAGCCCCAGGUGUAUACGAUGGUCUCUGCGCGCGACUCGCCAUCGAGCAAGGCUUCGAAGUCAUGUACCAAGGCGGGUCCAUGACAACAGCCGCACGACUCGGCCGAGCCGAUCUGGCAUUCGCCUCGCUGAACGACUUUGCGCAGAACGCGCAGAUGAUCGCGAAUAUCGACCCAAGGAUUCCACUAAUUGCUGAUGCAGAUGUUGGAUUUGGUUCGCCGCCGAAUAUCGCGCGUAUGGUGCAGACGUAUCACUCGUGCGGAGUGGCCGGGUUCCAUAUUGAGGAUCAGGUUGCUAAUAAGCGGUGUGGGCAUUUGAAGGGGAAGGAGGUUGUUGAUUUAGAGACGUGGAAAACGAGAAUCCGGGCGUGCGUCAUUGGGAGGGAUUCUAUCUACGGGGGUAGUGAUAUUGUUAUUAUUGCUAGGACGGAUUCUCUGUCGGUUGAGGGAUAUGAUGCUGCGCUUGAAAGGCUCCUUGCAGCACGAGAAUGCGGUGCAGAUAUGGGUUUCCUGGAAGCAAUCGAGACAGGAGAACAGAUUAAGAAUGCUGUCAAAGUCCUCUCCCCAAUGCCACUCAUGGUGAACCUGGUUUCAAAUGGUAAAACACCGUGGUUUUCACCUGCACAGCUCGGCGAGUGGGGAGUUAAGCUAGCAAUAUACCCCGGUGCUGCAGGAAAGUCCGUACUGCACACUAUCCGCCGGGCGUACAAAUAUCUAAUGGAGACUGGGAAGGAUGAUGCAGAAGCCCAGGGCCUCGAUCCGAAAGGCUUCUUUGAUGUUAUGGGAUUGCAAAGGGAAAUUGAAAUCGACCGUCUUGCCGGGGGUGCAUCAUUUGUUAAUGGGGCAUGA